GGGAUGUGACGUCACCGCCCUGCACGGAAACGGCGGCGGGGAAGAUGGCGGCGCCGAGAGAGCCCGGAGGGGAAGCGGCGUUCGCGCAGCGCAUCGACCCCGCACGGGAACCGGGGCUGAGCCCCGAGCAGCGCCGGCUCAUGGCGCAGGUGGAGCAGGCUCAGAGAUACCGCGCUCUGCAGCGGAGACUCCGCAGCCGCAACGCGCUGCUGGCGCUCGGCAUCGGAGCGGUGACUUUCGGCAUUUACGGCUACACCUUCUACUCGGUGUCCCAGGAGCGGUUCUUGGAUGACCUGGAGCAGGAGGCCGAAGCGGCCCGAGCCCGGGCCCGGGCAAGGGCAGAGACUGCAGCGAGCUGAGCACAGACAGCCCAGCCCGGCCCCGGUAAACCCUGAGCAAGCACAGAGGGGCCUUGAGCACCGGAGGGCACCCGGCUCUGAGCACGGAGCAGCCGCCCGCGGGGCUCUGGUCCUGCACAGUGCUCGGUGCAGCCCCGGGAUGUGCACCGGGAGUCCCCCUGCAGGCAGGGCCUCCUUCCCUGAGGGGUUUCUGGAAGAGAGCUGCCCCAGGAAGGGGCAGGGGUGCCUGGGUGCUCAUCCUUUUCCUCAAUAAACACUCUGUCUGGA